UGGGUCUGGACCGCGGCAUCAUCACUUCCUGUUGUGGGCAGGCGUUUCCUGUCGCUGCUUGGUAACAAUGGGGAAGAUAAUGGCUGCCUGAGCAACGUCUCCUAGCAGGCGCUGGACUAGAGGCGGGUCUCCACCAGCGACUCAUUGGAGGCGGGCCUGAGAGCGGCGGCAGGGGAGGCGCGCAGGAGCCUCGGCGGCGGUGGCCGAACCGACCGGGUCGGAUCCCGACACUAAAACCGAAGCAGAAAGUGAAGAAAACUAAAAUCCAGUUUAUUGUAUUACAAUACUAUGUCAUAACAGUCAGAGUGGAUGACAGAUUAGAAAGUGAAAAGUCCUCUGUCAAAUCCAGACCAAUGAGGUGCUAGAAUUUGGGGCCGCUGCCUAGGACUGGAUUAUAUUUUUCCACUUGUUUAUCAAGAUGGAAAACUCAGAUUCUAACGAUAAAGGAAGUGGUGAUCAGUCUGCAGCACAACGCAGAAGUCAGAUGGACCGAUUGGAUCGGGAAGAAGCUUUCUAUCAAUUUGUAAAUAACCUGAGUGAAGAAGAUUAUAGGCUUAUGAGGGAUAACAAUUUGCUAGGCACCCCAGGUGAAAGUACUGAGGAAGAGUUGCUGAGAAGACUACAACAAAUUAAAGAGGGCCCGCCACCACAAAACUCAGAUGAAAAUAGAGGUGGAGACUCUUCAGAUGAUGUGUCUAAUGGUGACUCUAUAAUAGACUGGCUUAACUCUGUCAGACAAACUGGAAAUACAACAAGAAGUGGGCAAAGAGGAAACCAAUCUUGGAGAGCAGUGAGCCGGACUAAUCCAAACAGUGGUGAUUUCAGAUUCAGUUUAGAGAUCAAUGUUAACCGUAAUAAUGGGAGCCAAAAUCCAGAGAAUGAAAAUGAGCCAUCUGUAAGACGUUCUAGUGGAGAAAGUAUGGACAACAGCAGCCCAAGGCAAGUGGAAAAUCCACGCUCUGAAUCAGUAGCUGCAAGGCCAUCCAGAUCAGAACGAAGUUCAACUGACGCAUUAACGGGAGAAGUCCCACCUACCAGAGGUCAGAGAAGAGCAAGAAGCAGGAGCCCAGACCAUCGGAGAACACGAGCUAGAGCUGAAAGAAGUAGGUCACCUCUGCAUCCAAUGAGUGAAAUUCCACGAAGAUCUCAUCAUAGCAUCUCAUCUCAGACUUUUGAGCAUCCUUUGGUAAAUGAGACAGAAGGAAGUUCUAGAACCCGACAUCAUGUGACAUUGAGACAGCAAAUAAGUGGACCUGACUUGCUAGGUAGAGGUCUUUUUGCAGCUUCUGGAGCAAGAAAUGCCCCGCAGGGAGCAGUUUCUUCAGACGCAAGUGGCAGUGGUGAAUCUACAGGAUCAGGACAGAGACCUCCAACCAUAGUCCUUGAUCUUCAAGUAAGAAGAGUUCGUCCUGGAGAAUAUCGGCAGAGAGAUAGCAUAGCUAGCAGAACUCGGUCACGGUCUCAGACACCAAACAACACCGUCACUUACGAAAGUGAACGAGGAGGUUUUAGGCGUACAUUUUCACGUUCUGAGCGGGCAGGUGUGAGAACCUAUGUCAGUACCAUCAGAAUUCCAAUUCGUAGAAUCUUAAACACUGGUUUAAGUGAAACUACAUCUGUUGCAAUUCAGACCAUGUUAAGGCAGAUAAUGACAGGUUUUGGUGAGUUAAGCUACUUUAUGUACAGUGAUAGUGAUUCAGAACCUAGUGGCUCAGUCUCAAGUCGAAAUGUUGAAAGGGCAGAGUCACGGAAUGGAAGAGGGGGUUCUGGUGGUAGUAGCAGUUCUGGUUCCAGUUCAAGUUCCAAUUCGAGUUCCAGUUCAAGUUCCAGCUCGAGUUCGAGUUCCAGUCCUAGUUCCAGCUCCAGUGGUGAAAGUUCAGAAACUAGUUCAGAGGUGUUUGAAGGCAGUAAUGAAGGAAGUUCAUCAUCAGGUUCAUCAGGUACCAGGCGAGAGGGUCGACACAGGGCCCCAGUAACAUUUGAUGAAAGUGGCUCUUUGCCCUUCCUUAGUCUAGCUCAGUUUUUCCUCUUAAAUGAGGAUGAUGAUGACCAACCUAGAGGACUCACCAAAGAACAGAUUGACAACUUGGCAAUGAGAAGUUUUGGUGAAAAUGAUGCAUUAAAAACAUGUAGUGUUUGCAUUACAGAAUACACAGAAGGCAACAAACUUCGUAAACUACCUUGUUCCCAUGAGUACCAUGUCCACUGCAUCGAUCGCUGGUUAUCUGAGAAUUCUACUUGUCCUAUUUGUCGCAGAGCAGUCUUAGCUUCUGGUAACAGAGAAAGCAUUGUUUAAGGUCUGAACUCUCAGCUGUGAAGCUGUUACAGUGAUGGGCAAACAGGAAUCACUUGCUUUAUGUCCACUUUUUGAGUGGUGCUUAAAUGUAAAGUAGCAACCUGAAUUGAGUCAUUGCUUUCUAAUGAAUCAUUGUCCUUUUUCCAAUUUCUGUUCCAGGAUAAAAGGAAAUAUUUUAAAAAGCAGUGUUUUAAUACAUAAAAAUCUGAUUUCAGUACCAGUAAUUGAUAUUACUGAUGAUUUAUCAUGAACGCUUGUCAUUUUCUCCUUUGUUAUCUGAAAAGAUCUGCCUUAGCAAUGGCUCUUACCUGUUUCACAUUGAUCUUUAAAAUUCCCCAUGCCAUAGGAGAGGUGAAGGAAAUUUCCCAAGUUUUACAGUAUGUAUUUCCUGAGUGAUUGCUUAAAGCUAUACCAUUCCUAGUGAUUAGUUGACACAAAUUCAGCUACAUGCUGAAUAUUAUUUGUUCACCUUCAGAUGAGGUGAUAUUGGACAUGUUGGUGUAAAUAACACUAAGGUUAGGAUCUUCUAAGUGUAAAACUCUCUGAAGCCCAUCACUCUGGCACACUGUAGAGUGAGCUUAUAGUUUAAUUGAGAUAUUUAUCUUGUGGAAAUAUUAAAAAAGCCUAUACUUGUGUAAGUGAAAAAAUAUCACAUUCAUUUGUUUAAAAAUGUAAAGCUAUUUUGUAGAGGCUCAGUACUUUUCCAAUGCACUGUUAUAUUAAUGCAUUAAAAAUUGUAAAGUACCAUGCUUAGAAAUGAAAAAACUGCUUUUUGUGAGCCAACAUAGUAAAAAACACACCAAACGAAGUACAAAGCUGCUUUUGUAAGUGUGUAAAUGUCAAGAGCAGAACAUAUCUAUAUAUUUAAUGUAUGUGAACAGCUACUGUGACAUGCGAAAGACAGUGCACAAUUGAACUGCAUUGAAGACCAAUAGAAAUUACGUGUUUUAACUUGGAUUUAGGCAGGAAAUGAAAGACGGGAGUACAGAAAACUGCUCUGAAGAAUUUAAACUGUUCAUGAAGACGGUAAUCAUGCAAACGUGAACUGGUUUUGUACGGUGAGAUCCUUGACACAGUAUUCUACUCAAGUAGAUGAAGUAGAUCAGCAAAUUUGACAGAGCUUUGUUUUAAGAAAAGCAAACCACUAGCACAGGUUACAUUGAUGUUUUUACAAGUCUGCUCCUCAAAAAAAAAGGUGGAGGAAAGAGACUAUAAACCACUUUUAGUUUAAGAAUUGAAGUUGGUACAGGUGUGUGCUAAUAGGAAAGUCUCGAAUUUGCAUUGCUUUCGAGAUUUGUCAUUUUAAGGUACCAGUGCACACUUGAUAGUAUUUCAUUACUGCCCUCUCUAACACAGACUGAACAUCUCACAUUUAGAGACCAGUUGAAGAAUUAAGGGAUUUUUAUCCUUUGUUGAAAGUGGGUUAUGAGUUAUUUUAAAUUCAGUUUAAUAAUUGUGCUGCCCAUAUUUGAAGGUGAGACUGCUGACUCAUGCUCUAUGGGACAUCACUUUAUGUUGUUUCCUUAGUAAUAAGAAUAGGUUUGUAAAGAACCCCAGUACUCCUUGGAUUUCUCUUUUGAGGCUGGUGUAGGUUAGGACUAAUCUGACUGUGGAGGACUGUGUUUUUCUGGGAAAAGCUAAUGGGCCCAAAGAGGAAUUGAACAUGUCCUUGGCCUUUAACAAAGUGAGCAAGCUACCCAGGCAUAGUCAGAUACUCUACAAAAUAAACAAGCCUGGUUUAGGAAUUCUCUGGCUACCUUAACUGCCAUCACCUCAGCUGUAAAGAUUAUUUCAAAGCUCAUUCCUUUCAUGUUUUCCUCUGGCUUUCAAUCCUACCUAAGUAUCAAGGAAAUUAACUUGUAAAUAUGGUAGUUGUUUACUAAGGAUAUGUACUGCUCUUGCAGGGAAAUAAUGUCCAAACAAAGCUUCACUUAUUUUUUUUAAUGCAAGUAGAUUUCACUGUUUAUGACGCUUACAUAAUACAUUCUAUCUUUUAAAAAAAUUGUCCAUGUAAAAGUCAGGAUUCCUUUAUAUUUUGAGCGUCCUUGUCUCCUUUCCUAAGACUGUAAUCUCUGGUUUUCAGAUUUUCAGGGUAGUUCUUAUUGGCUAAAAACAAACCCAUUUUCCUCCUGAUAUACAAUGUCCUCUUAUUAUAGGGGGUGUUCAUUUAUAAUAGUAUAAAAGCAACUGCAGCACAUUCUAAGAAAAGAAGGUUAUUUACAACAAGUACCUCCCUAACCUCCCAAGAUGUAUUACUCAUUUGUUAAGUAUUAAAGUAAGAGGUAAUUCAUGCAGAAUGCUGGUUAUGAGUGUAGGUAUUGAAACUGUUGGUAAACACUGGAAAUAGAAUUAUUUUUUAGCCUUCAGUAGAAUGCACAUACUGAAUAUGUGCAUGCAGACAUCUUUUUUUAAUAGCACUCACUAAUUUCAAUUGGAUUAUGUAGAAUGCAUACAAUAUUUUAGUGGAAUUUGCUACUUAAUUUUUUGUUUGUUUUGCAAGGUCUUUGACUAAUACAUACUUAACUAGUGUUGUGGACAUUGAAACGACAAGGUCAUUUGUAGGUGUCAGAUGUACAAUGGAAAACAAGUCUUCUCAACAGCAUCCGAACACCUAUUCUCUUGGAGUAUUUUCUUGAAAAAGACUUUACAUUUCAUUUUGUAUCUUAGCACUUUUUCUUUAUUACAGAAAGGUUCUAUCUUAAAGGCCCAGAUUCAACUUCAUGUAGUAUACUAGGAACAAGAAAAAACAAUGUUGGGAAAUUACAUUGUUCAAAGCACAGGGAAAAGUACUAAAAACUGAAUUUCCUUUACUCUUUCAGAUAAAUUCACUUACUGUUCUGAACUGUUUGAGGUGUUAAUGUUAUUUAACUCCAAGCAGCUAACAAGGCUGAGAUUUAUUAGUUCUAGAAACAAAAUUGAGCAAGUUAGGUUUAAAGCUUGCAGACUUUAUAACAACACUAGAAAUUGAUUCAUGUUAUUAAUUUGGAAUAUUUGCUCUAAAAAAGAACACAUUAGUUACACCUCAGUGGUGUUAAUGGAGAUGGGAGUUGAGAAAAGUAUUCACAUUAGUGUGGGAGUAUAAGUAAGAAUCGUACAGUCAAUAACAAAACAUUUAGCACCAGAAUAUUAGGAAACGGAUUAGCUAUAAGUGUUAACUUGAAUAAUUUUCUCCCCCUGGGAAAAUGUCCUUUCUGUGCCAAGUAUUCUCUCCUACUGUGUCAGUGUCUCAUAUUUAUAAAGGAUUAUCACUUAAUAUACUUUCUUUCUAACCACCUGCUUCCCAGAUGUCCAUGACAUGAAAUGGGUCAAGCACCAACCAUGACUUUCAGUUUCCAAAAUACCCAUGUAAUAGGGAGUAAAUGUUGUAAAAUGCCUCUUUAAAAGACCAUUUUUACAGCUUGCUAGAAUGAAUUGGCACCUUGUGAAUGUUGUUAAUACUUUUCUUUUAAAGAUGGAGGAAACUUCCCCCCACCACCCCACACCCUCCCUGUUCUAGUCUUUUGUUCUUAUGUGAACAAAAAAUAUUCGUAACCUGCCUUAUUUGAGUUUUUAAGUUUUACCUUACUGGCUUCCCUGUCAAAUGUAUUACAAAUGUUACAUACAUAGAAGCCACCUUUACAGGGCACUUUUAUUCUUUCUUGUCUUUUAAGACUAUGCUGAUUGCUACUUUCUAAAGUAUUCUGUACCUUAGUAAUGCAGGAGAUUGAUAAGGCACAUGUUAAAGUGUCAGGCGUUUUUUUUUCCCUCUAAGUAUAGCAUAAUUCUUCAGUAUGUUUAAUAUUCAAUAACAGUGCUGUAAUUCAUCAAGUUAUCUAGUAAAUUGUGUGCUUUCAAAAGAACAUUUGAAAAUGUAAAUCAACAUGCUUCAUUUGGAAAGUUAAAGUAUAAGGUGUGAGGAACUAGAAUUUCACUUAUUUUUUAAAUCAAAUUUUUAAUAAGCAAUUAAAUAGCAAUGAGUUCAGUGCUUUCCCUUUAAAAUUUGUAGCCUUCUGAAAUUGAGUUCUUAACAGGAACACUUCUAAAAUAUAUUCCCAACAAGUGAGCUGUCUCACUUGAUAUAUGUAACUACAUUUUGUAUCUAAAAUACAGCAUGGAAUAGAGCUGUUAUUGAGGUGUUGAAACUCUUUUAAGUAAUAAUAACAGUUUAUUUCAGCUUCAUGAUUAUUUUCAUAUCUGUACAGGUGUUAUAAUUCAUGUUUGAAGGAAAUAGGCGCACCCUCCAACACAAAAUUACAGUGAGGCACUUGUUUUUAUUAGGAUUUGUUUACUGAAGACCCAUAAGCUGCUUUAUAGUCACUUGGAUUGAGUGAUACCUUAUUAAAGACAUGCAGUGAAAGUGAACCCCAUCCUACCGCUGUGCCUAGUUGUUUCAGGGUUCCUCAUCUUGCAGAUUUAUUCUAAUACCAAGGUAUAGUUGAACCAGCUGCCCAGCCUUAACUUUUAUUUAGUGACCCUCUGCUAGCAUUCUUUUAAGUGAUUGGUUUACGUAUGUUUUAACUGUCCAGUGUUUGGAUUUUACCUCUUGAUAGCUCCAUUUGUCCCUGGUGCUGCUUUAAAAGAUGUAGGGCCAAGUGAUAGGUAUCAAGUUGAGUAGGUACGCAGUUGGCCUUGUUAUGUAUCUGUGCCUAUUUUAUCUUCUCCCAGGAAGAGCUGCUUUGGUAUAGGUGUUUACUUGGAUUCAAAGAAUGGGGCAGCAAUCUUGGAGAGCUUUCUGAAGCGUCUAAGAACCUGAAGGGAUUUGGAGAGGGAAGAAUAAAAAAGGCUGCCUUUAUGUCUUUGAACAUGAAGCACAUAAAUGUAUUUCUGUAAAGACUAAAGUGAUUGUUAUACCAGGGCUUCCUGACCUCUGGGAGAGACUUUGAAAAAAGCAGAAAGGAGUACAAAGUGAAGUGAAUUUGGUUGGCUUGCAUUAUCUGGUUUCCCAUUUUCUUUUAAUUUAAACCUGAACAUAACACCCUUCUCAGUAUCUAUCUAGCAGACUCCUGGUUGGGAAGCCCUGUAUUAAAAUUUGAGAAUGUACCCAGUUUUUUUGUACAGUGCUUUACACCUGCUAAAAAUUAACUUGUUUAAUGCAAAACAAGACCUUGAAAGGUCAGUCAUAUUAAAGCUGGUUUGAUUAUUAAUAGUUAUCUUCAGAAGAAGCUUUUUCCCUAUGUAAGAUGUCAUACUGCAGAUUUAAAAUAUAGACUAUCAAUAAAAUGCAUGAAGUGAUCAUUUGUGCUUGAUCAUCUCUCCUUGGGUUUUUCUUAACAAGAGGAAUAUGAUAAAGGUUCUGUUGCUUCAAACUGAUGUCAAAUAGACCUGAUUUUUAGAAUCAAGUGGAAUUACAGUCCAGCCUUGAUUUUGAUUCCCCUCCCUGCUAUGAGUAUGGGCAAGUACUGGUUAAUGGAAUAACCCAUUCUGUGUUGUAGCUUAAUGGUUUAAUCUUUGAGUGGUAAAAGAUUAAAGUAUAUUCCAGUACAUGAUUCCUGGAAAGAUCUAAGCAAAUGACAUUUUAAGUAUGUGCAUCUUUGCUAUUUCUUGCAUUCUUACCAUUGCCCUGACUACUCCUUUAACUUCUAUAAAUAAAUACAAAAGCUUGUCUAGAU